AUGUCUUCACAGCCGCCCCUCCCUCCAUGGCUGCCCCCCCAGCUCUCUCAGUCGCCAUCACCAACGCUCCACGCCCUCAGCACGUCUCUUCUUCCUCACCUCCUCGCCGCAAUCUCCCAGAUCGGCGCCUCGCUGCGCACUUCGCACCACGUGGCACUCGCCGGAUCCGCGAAUCUAUUCGGAGACGACCAGCUCAACGUCGACGUCGCAGCCGAGAAUGCAGUCCGCGCCGCGCUGGCAAAGUGCCCGCUUGUAGUGACUGCCAGCAGCGAGGAAGACCCGGAAGAGAAACAAGUUCACCAAACAGCAGCAGAAGCUUCUUCUCCUUCGGAUGAGAGAUUCUCAGUGGCGUUUGACCCUCUUGACGGCAGCUCCAUCAUCGGCGCAAACUGGUCCGUGGGCACAAUCCUGGGCAUCUGGAAAGGCGACACCGCACUCGGCAAGAGCCCCAAGAAGGACCAAAUCUGCUCGAUCCUGGGCGUCUACGGGCCGCGAACGACGGCCAUUGUGGCUGUACGCGAGAACCCGCAAGAUGCCGGCCUGUGUUUUGAGCUGGGCCUGGACGACAGCGGCUCCAACAUUGAGCUCGUCCGACCAGACGUGAAGCUCUCCUCGCCGCCCUACAAGACGCGAUACUUUGCACCCGCCAAUCUACGUGCUGCUGCAGAAUCGCCUUCCUACGCUUCACUCAUUGCGUCCUUUAUCAAGGAAAAGUACACGCUUCGGUACAGCGGGGGGCUUGUCCCAGAUCUGGGCCACAUUCUCACCAAAGGCCACGGCGUGUACAUCUCGCCCGUGACGCAGACGAGUAAGGCGAAGCUGAGGAAGCUGUAUGAGCUGUUUCCUGUGGGGCUGGUGGUGGAGUGUGCUGGGGGAAAGGCGGUGGAUGAGGAUGGAAGGGAUGUGUUGGAGAAGGGAGUGGAGGGCUGUGAUGAGAGGGGAGGAAUUGUGUUUGGAAACACUGAUGAGGUUGAGGAAGUGGUCAAGAUGCUGCUGGGAUGA